AUCUCUGUUUUUCUUUAGGCUAGACAUAAAGUAAGAUGAGUGAAUAUCAACAUGUGAGAACGGGAAAAUUGCUUUUAAAAGGUGAAAAGGGAAAAAAACACAAAGAAAAGAAGAACAAAAAACACAAGAAGAAGAAAGAGGAUCCAGGGGAGAUUGAAAAAAGAGAACAAGAAAGACGUGAUGUUGAACUACACAGUGGAUGGUGGCAAAUAAAAACUGUAGAAAAAGUCAAAGGGAAUGUUUCGAUAGAAUUCGGAAAAGGAGCAUAUGUUUCAGCAAUGGACAAUGGUAUGUUCACAUUGGGCCCUCCUCAUGCUGAUGGAGAAGGGCCAUCACCCACAGAGCAGCUAACAGGCAUUCCUUUGUCUGACACAAAAGUUGCUUUUAAAACUGGUUUUGAUAAAUAUCUUGGAGUUGAAAAGAAUGGUAAAGUAGUUGGAAUAAGUGAUGCCAUUGGACCCAAGGAACAAUGGGAACCCAUCUAUCAAGAAGGAAAAGUUGCACUUCUAUCAUCAGGAAAUAAUUGUUUCAUGUCGUAUGACGAGGAAGGUGAUAUUGUUGCUUCCAGUAGGACAGCUGGUAAGGAAGAGAUUUUGCAAAUUCGUUCAAAUGCAGAACGGAUAGAUAAAGUGGACGAUACACCAGUAGAAGAAAAGGUUGACAGCUUGAAGGACUGUGAAGUUAAUUAUGUUAAAAAGUUUCAGAGCUUUCAAGAUAGAAGGCUCAGAAUUAAUGAAGAUGAUAGUUCUAAAUUGGACCAAGCUAAAUCUUCAGGAAAACUUCAUGAAGCACUACUUGACAGAAGAUCUAAGAUGAAGGCAGAUCGCUACUGCAAAGUGUGAAAUUUGGCAACAUGCGGCAUAUGCUGUAAGUCGAAUGAGGAAGAAUGUGUAUAGCUUGGAAAAAGGGGGGUCUGUUACGAUCGAGGAAACGGUUUUCAUUGCUGACGUGGCACAAAAUAGAUAUGAAUUUUAAGUAAGCAUACUUUGAUGGUCAUGAGUUAAUGAAGACUUGCUUCAGAUCAUUCACAGAGCCACUAUACAGUAUAUAUAAACGACACAUGACACAGUGUUACUGAUAUUUUAUAGAGUCUAAAAUGUAUUGUUUUCAAAUGUUGCGUUUUGUGAAUAGAAUGGUUACGCAGUACAUGCUGAGAAAUUUUUGAUGCUGGCAUGAAGCGUAACUAAGGCUUUAUUGAAACAGCUUCAUAUUCAUAGGCUUUGUGGUUCUGACUAUUGCAAGUUAACAAUGACAGUGUGUUUCUCUACCUGAUAAGAAUAUUUGUACGCCAACAAUAUACAUGGCAUUUUGAUGCUGGUCUUUCAGAGUGCUGUCAAUGGUUGUGAUCCAGACUAUAGACACAUUUACUGGCAUUUUUUUCUUUUAUUUUAUUCAAAAAAGUUCUUUAUAAUUAAAAACGGAGAAUAGCA